GCCUGCACAGCCAGGUGCGUGCUCAUUACCUGCCCCCUGUCUCCAUCAGCUCCACCGUGGAUACCUCUCUAUGAAUUGAGGGCGGCAGUUAAGUGAUAAAUGAAUCUCAAAGACUAAAGCAAAACAUGCGACGAAGGCAGUUGUACAAGUUCGCGGUGUGCGCGUGCGUGCUCGUAUACAUCUACUACGUGUUCGGCGUGAGGGACUACAUCUACGCGCGCAGCUUCGACCACGAGUUCGACUACCCGCUGGCCGCCGACAUCCGGCCCGCGGUGGCCGCCGUGCUCGCCGGACACGAGCCCCCGCUCGCCCCCAUCAACUACUACCCGCACCGCUUCCUCACCAACUCGGGCAAGUGCGCCACGCUCGAGCGGCUCGACCUCUUCAUCGUCGUCAAGUCCGCCAUGUCCCACCUCGAGCGGCGCGACGCCAUCCGCCAAACGUACGGACAGGAGAACUUCAUCCCCGGCACCAUAGUGAGAACCCUGUUCUUCCUCGGCGUCGACCCGCCGCCCAAGUCGGACACGCAGCGGCGCAUAGAAGAGGAGAUGGCGCGGCACAGGGACAUCAUCCAGAUCGACUUCCUCGACGACUACUACAACAACACGAUCAAGACGAUGAUGUCGUUCCGGUGGCUGUACGAGCACUGCGCCGUCGCCGACUUCUACCUCUUCACCGACGACGACAUGUACAUCUCCGUCGCCAACUUGCUCGAGUACGUGCACGAGCGCACCGACUCGCGCUCGCGGAACGGGACGGCGAGCGCGACGGGCGGUGCGAGUAAGAAGGACGGGGCGCUGCUGGCGGGGUACGUGUUCCAGUCGGCGCCGCAGCGAUUCCGGUCGAGCAAGUGGCGCGUGUCACUGGAGGAGUACCCGUGGAAUCGAUGGCCGCCGUAUGUGACUGCGGGCGCGUACGUCGUGUGCAACCGCGCCAUGCGGCUGCUGUACGCCGGCAGUCUCUUCGUGAAGCAUUUCCGCUUCGACGACGUGUACCUCGGCAUCGUGGCCAAGAAGGUGGGCGUUGCGCCGGCGCACUGUCCCCGCUUCCAUUUCUAUAAGAAGUCGUACAGCCGGGAGGGUUACCGCCGCGUCAUCGCCUCGCACGGGUACUCGGACCCGCGAGAUCUCAUCACCGUCUGGAACGAGCAGAACAGCGUCGCCUGAAACUGUGCAAGCCUUGUGUUAGUGACACGUCUUGUGGAAGUGUAUGUGACUCGUUGUGUAUGGACAUUAUUUUAAAUAAUUUUUAUAUGUAGUCAGUAAAUCAAUUUUCUAUAUGUAUUGGAGUAAUGCUCUCUGCUGGUAGGACUUGAUUUAGCUGAUAUUUAGCGAGAAAAAUAGGUAAUUGUUAUUUAUUAAACUAUUUCCGUAUCAAUGGUUUCAACUGUCAUUGUCUCGUUUUCGUUUU